AUGAUUGCCUUCAUGCUCAUCGUGAGCCUCCUCCUGGCUCUGGCUACAGCCAACACCACUGCCAACGCUAUCACCUGCGCCAAUGGCGCUCAUCUCGUCGUUGCCCGCGGCAGCCUCGAGCCUCAGGGCCCUGGUGCGAUGGGGGUCCUCGCUGAGGAAAUCCUCAAGCUUAUCCCUGGGUCUGACAUGGAGGCCCUCGUCUAUCCUGCCCUGUAUGCUGAGUAUGUCGAGUCCCAAACUGAGGGUGUUCGAACCAUGACCUCGGUGAUCCACAACUAUGUCAAGAACUGCCCGGAUACCGACCUUAUCCUCAUGGGAUACUCUCAGGGAGCGCACGUUACCAUGGACACGAUGUGUGGUGCCAGCUCCGAAGGUUUUCCCGGCACCCUUUCUCAGCCAGCCUAUAUCACCGACAACAUUGCCGCCAUCAUUGCCAUGGGUGAUCCAAGUCUCACCGAAGGGCAGCCAUUCCUUGUCGGAACGAGUGAAGGCAGUGGUAUCUUCCCACGUAAACUUCCCAUCGGCUGCAAUGCCAUCGCUAGCAAGACCGUCUCCAUCUGCGACAAGGGCGACCCGUACUGCGAGGCCGGUGGUAAGGAUCUCUCCGUACACUUGAGCUAUAUCAAGAACUACGGAGAGUUCACCGUCGGCCAUGUAGUCAAGGCGUGGAAGUCCCGUAACUGAGAUCGCUUGGGUCACUUCUUGAGAUUGGAGUUUGGGAGUAGAGAGGUUCGUUUUCGGAAUA